AUGGGGGCAAUUGAAGAUCUCAAGAUACCUAGCUCUCGGGAUCACAGUCUACAGAUUGCCCUGUCAAUCUUUUCUCCUGAAAACUGUCUCCGACCACGGCCAGUGAUUGUUAUGUGCCAUGGCAUUGGUGCGAUCAAGGCAGCCGGUCUGGCUCCAUUCGCAUCGGCCUUCGCUGCCAAGGGUUACUAUGCAAUAACUUUCGACUAUUUACACUUUGGAGAAAGCGAUGGACAACCACGCAAUUUCCUGUCAAUCUCGGGCGAGCUACAGGAUUUUCGUGACGUUAUCGCCUGGGCUCGACAACAGCCUGACCGAUUUGAUCCAAAACAAAUCGUUGUCUGGGGAUCUAGCUUUGGGGGCAUGCACACCACUGCCAUAAUAGCGUCUGACCAUGAGCUCGCUGGCGCCAUCGCACAGUGUCCCUGCGUUGACAGUUUCGCAGCCGCAAAGAGGCAGCCUUUGUUGAAGUCUCUUCGUAUCACUCAAAUGGCGAUAUCUGACGGCAUACGCUCAUUAUUCGGGAAGGAGCCAAUCUACAUAAAUCUGACAGGGAAUGGAUCAUCUGGAUCAGCAAUUGCCCUGAUGGAAGGCUCGGAGGUGAUUCAAGGGUGGCAGAGAAUCAGUCCGUCAGAUGUCGCCUUCCCAAACAUCAUAACCGCUCGGUCCUUACUCGAAUUUCCCAUGCACCGUCCAGUGUUAGGCGUCAAGAAGAGCAAGAAGCCGUAUCUCAUUGUUCUUCCAACCUAUGACAACGAGGCACCUUUGGAGGCAGCCGAGGCUGCAGUACGAAAUGCCCCGUUGGGAGAGGGUUUGAGAGUUCCGGGGGGGCAUUUUGACUUAUAUGCUGGUGGCAUUGCGUUUGAUGCCAAUCUUUCGGGUCAGCUCGCAUUUCUCGAUCGUAUUCUUGUCUGA